AUGGCGGACGGUAACCCACAUCGCGAAGAUGAAGCGGCUGAGGAAGAGGAAGAGAUUGAUGAGACUAGCUACAGAUCAGUCAAAGAUGCAGUCCUCUUCGCAAUCGAUGUCAGCGAUUCCAUGUUGACGCCUCGUCCCUCAGCAGACCCUAAGAAACACACCCAAGAAUCACCCACUACGGCAGCGCUCAAAUGCGCUUAUCACUUUAUGCAACAACGAAUCAUAUCCAAUCCACAAGACAUGAUGGGGGUUUUGCUGUUUGGGACGCAGGCGUCCAAGUUCUUCGAAGAAGAUGAAGACAGUCGCGGAGACCUCUCCUACCCCAACUGCUACCUCUUCACUGACCUCGAUGUUCCUUCGGCCCAGGAGGUCAAAGAACUUCGAGCGCUGGUGGAUGAUGAUGGAGCCUCAAGGGAUAUUCUAGCUCCGGCGAAAGAGCAAGUCUCUAUGGCAAACGUCCUAUUCUGCGCCAACCAGAUAUUCACAUCCAGAGCGCCAAAUUUCCUCUCCCGUCGCUUGUUCAUCAUAACCGACAAUGACAACCCCCAUGGUGAUGAUAAAACCCUACGGUCGGCCGCGACUGUACGUGCUAAGGAUCUUUACGAUCUUGGUGUCACCAUUGAGCUGUUUCCGAUCUCACGUCCUAAGCAUGAAUUCAUGAACAGCAAGUUCUAUGACGAUAUUAUCUACAAGUCAUCGCCCAACGAUCCAGAGGCGCCUACGUAUCUACAAACAGAUUCAAAGGCGGCGACAGCGACAGGGGACGGUAUUUCACUUCUCAACACGCUUCUAUCCAGUAUCAACUCAAGAACGGUCCCGCGUCGCACUCAUUUCUCGAACAUGCCUUUAGAACUCGGGCCAGACUUCAAGAUCUCGGUAUCGGGCUAUAUACUCUUACGAAGGCAAGCGCCCGCUAGAAACUCCUUCAUCUGGCUGAACGGCGAGAAGCCUGUGGUCGCGAAAGGCGUGACUACCCAUUCUGCAGAUGAUACUGGCCGUAAUGUCGAGAAAUGGGAGAUCAGAAAGGCAUAUAAGUUCGGUGGAGACCAGGUAACCUUUUCGCCUGAUGAACAGAAGGCGCUCAGGGACUUCGGUGAGCCAGUGAUCAGGGUUAUAGGGUUCAAGCCUAUCACUGCGCUUCCAUUUUGGGCGAACGUCAAACACCCAUACUUUAUCUAUCCAUCCGAGGAAGACUAUGUAGGUUCCUCACGAGUAUUUUCUGCAUUGCACCAGACGCUUUUGCGGAACAAGAAGAUGGCACUGGUCUGGUUCAUUGCCCGCAAGGGUGCUGGCCCCGUCCUCGCCGCGAUGAUCGCAGGCGAAGAAAAGCUCGAUGAGAAUGGCGUACAAAAGUACCCUCCUGGCAUGUGGAUUCUUCCCCUGCCUUUCGCAGACGAUAUCCGGCAGAACCCCGAAACCACGUUAAAUGUCGCCCCGGAGUCAUUAAUCGAUCAGAUGCGCGUGGUCGUUCAACAAUUGCAGCUGCCGAAGGGAGUGUACGAGCCUCUCAGAUACCCCAAUCCAUCCCUUCAAUGGCAUUACCGCAUCCUACAAGCUCUCGCCUUAGACGAGGAUCUCCCUGAAAAGCCAGAAGACAAAACCAUUCCCAAAUAUCGCCAAAUCGACAAGCGCGCCGGCGACUACGUUUUAUCCUGGGCCGAGGAACUCGAAAAACAACACGCCAAAACCUCAGCAGCGGCCCCUCACCCGACAAGCACAUUGGUGAAAAGAGGAUCCAAAGACCGAGCAAGCGAAACCGAAGACUCCAAACCAUCGAAGAAAGUCAAGGUCGAGGAGGGUUCCGGAAACCUGGAGGAAGAGGUCCGCAAGCAUCACCAGAAGGGGACGCUAUCCAAGCUUACGGUCGCCAUCCUGAAAGAUUUCUUGACCUCCAAUGGACGCUCAAAUGCCGGUAAGAAAGCGGAUCUCAUCGAGCGGGUAGAGGAGUUCUUGGAGCAGUAG